AUGGAAUUACGAAAAUAUAAAUUCGAGAAUAAUUAUUUCGAACAUGAUAUCAAACAAUUAAAUGAGAAACUCACUCAAAUUCAACUUUCUCUUGAUCGGCAUAAACCUCGUAUCAAAAUGACCAUACCACCUAUCAAAUUGAACUCACAAGUUCAAAGUUCACUUGAACAUGAUAUUCGUCGCGGAAAAGAAUAUUUCUCCGAUGGAACACUUUUAUGUCAAGAACAUCAAAUUCAGUUGAACGAAUUUUACGGAAAACGAAAUCAAAUGUGGCGGCUCGUUUAUAAAGCCACACGAGACGGAUUUUCUAGUACCGAUUUUUAUCGUUGUUGUGAUAGAAAAGGUGCAACAUUGACAGUAAUUCAAUCAUCGAGCGGACAUUUAUUUGGUGGAUAUACAUCGGCCAAUUGGGAAAGUCAAGAAAAUUGGAAAUGGUCGAUGGAUACGGACGCAUUUCUAUUCACACUAAUUAAUCCGCAUAAACUUUUGCCUACUAAAUAUCAAAUAAAUGCUGAAGGUCGAAAUGCAAUUGGUUGUAAAGCAAGCAUGGGACCGACCUUUGGUCUAUGGGAUAUUUGUACUUAUUCAAAUAGUAAUCAAAAUACUCGUAGUAAUAUUAUGUUUCCUACUGAUUAUAUUGAUUCAACUGGUAAAGGACGUCUCACAUUUACUGGUUCGCAUUAUUUCAAAACUGUCGAAAUUGAAGUCUAUGCUCUCAAGCAGAAAUAA